AUGGCUUCAGAACUAGCAAAAUUGGCUAAGCGUACCAGGGCGAGCAAACCAAGGACGAAGUCCGGAUGUUUGACCUGCAAGAUCCGACAUGUCAAAUGUGAUGAACAAAAGCCAGAAUGCAGGCGAUGCACCAGCACCGGUCGUAAGUGCGAUGGUUAUGGCCAACCGCGCCCGAACAAAUCGCGAAUACCGGAGGUGCAACACCCCGCCAUCGGCUCCGACCAUCGUGUCGUCCUGCGUCCCGGAACCACUGAGGAGCGGCAUUAUGUGCAUUUCUUCUGUACGCAGACCACCCGCGCGUUCGCAGGCAUCUUCGAUUCGGACUUCUGGAACCAUUUCUUACCACAGCUCAGUCAGGCGGAGCCGGUAGUCCGUCAUGCAGUCGCGGCGGUGAGCGCCGUUCACGAGGGCUUCCUUGUGCAGGCCGGGAAUCGUACCAAGGAGAUAGAGGGUAACAGAGACGCAUUCGCGUUACAGCAGUACAAUAAAGCGAUCAAAUUUCUGUUAGAGUAUCUCGCUUCACCUGAUCAGAAGCGGGGCCUGACAUUGAUCACUUGUUGCCUUUUCGUGUGUCUAGAAAUGCUGAAAGGGAAUAAUAAGCAAGCUCUAGACCAUCUGGAGGCAGGAUUGGUUAUCUUCCAACAGCAGAGGGCACUGGACUUUCCCGCUGGCGUAGUUUCGGAUCUGUCUCACCUUCUCACCAGACUAGAUAUUCAAUUAUCUCUUCACGGACGCGCCAUGGCUCCUCGAGGGAUCAACGGAGGAGCUGAAGGCUCACCGAUGAGCGCAGAGUAUGACUGGAAGGAUAUUUUAGAUGCUCGACAUUCCCUGGAUGAUCUAAUGAAUACAACAAUGCGCUUCAUCAGGAUGGCAGGCUACGAAAGGACCACGGAUCGCACCUUUCUUCAGCUGCGGCAGGAUAUGCUGAAGCGAGAGCUGAGUGCCUGGAAUGCCCGCUUCAACAGAUUCCUGAAAGGGGGACGCAAGAAGUUCAAAAGAGCCGAAUCACGUGUGACAUCUUUGCUUCGUGUCCAAUACAUGGUGACGUUGAUAUGGAUGAAAACAUGUUUGGCUGGCGAUGAGAUGGUCUUUGAUUACUAUAAGCCUGGGUUCGAGGAACUCGUACACCAUGCCGCGGAAUUUCUACGGCCCGACAGAGGCCGUGAGCGGAAAACAACAUGCUCUCCUCCGGGAUACUUUACACUAGAAGCCGGAAUAAUUCCACCUUUGUACUAUACAGCGACCAAAUGUCGUGAUCCGUUGGUCCGUCGUGAAGCCAUCAGGCUUUUGCACACCUGUCCUCAGAAGGAGGGGAUGUGGCAUAUGAAGCUGCUCGCGAAGGUGGCGGAGUUGGUCGUGGCUGUGGAAGAGGCCGCCUGGUCAACCAUUCCGGUAGAACAUAGAAUCCCAGCAGUCACGAGCCGCGUGUACGAUGCGAUCAUGCCGGAAGCGAUUGAGAGAAGUCCGUGUCAAGUCAUCCUGCGGUUAAUGCCCGAGGGCCCAACAAGGGGUUCGCGGACCAGGGUAGAGUAUGUCGAAUGGGCUUAG